GAGUGGGAGAUGCAUUGACAAAGGAUAAAAAGUCCAGGGCGGCCUGCUUAUGAUUGACCUUGACCAUUGUGGAGUAGUUGUAUCUCACAGCAGGACCGAGAGUAUGUCGUAGAGAAACGGAGCGAUAGCAGAACAAUGCAGGCUUUGUGAGGCUGUGAUGAUAAGAAAAUGAGUUCAUCUCUCCACACUUUUCGCAGAGCGGAGGAAGAUCGAUUAGGAUUGGCAGGUGGUCACUUGCAAGGCGGAAAGUGGAUCCUACGACACGCUGAUACGGCACGACCACAUACUGCAUUUACCCUAGUUGACUUGAAUAGCAAUAACUACGAUAUUGAAUAUUCUGGAAAACUGCCAAAUGGUAAUUACGGGAGUACCCUGCGUAUAGUGACAAGGAGGAGCAAUUGGCAUCCAAAUCUGACGUUGAAUUAUCCCUCCACGCGCCACCGACACGACCGUGACGAGCGUAGGGUGCGGUGCGCGGUGGGCGAAACAUCGAGCAGUCUGGUCGCGUCAAUCAAACGGGGCAGUUCAAAACAUCAACAAGUUGACAUGUAUAAUGGGAUCAUCUAUCCUCAUAUAGAAACCUCUAGGGAAUCGGGAGAUCCCUCGCCAAUAGGCGCAAGGACAGGCUCGAUCGCGUGCAGCCCGCAGACGCCAAGCUGCGACGCGCCCGUCCUUUCUCGGUUCUUCAGGUAAACAACAGCGAGCGCUGUGUGCAGUCGCAGACGUGUACCUCCAGUCUGCACGGAUGAUCUCGUCUUCCCCGCACGAUCUGGCAGGACGCUGCAGGCAUCCUGGGUUCUCGCAGAGCCGUCUGAUGUUGUAUAUUGUCGUCUCUGCGUUGUUGUUUAAGCUGGAACUCCCUUCGGCCUGCGUCAACAUCAACACCAACAACAGUCGCUGCAUCGGCGCCUUCCUCUACCAUCAACCAGCCCGCUCAAUCAACCCUCGCCCCUACUCCUCGACUCUCCAGACCCGUUUAUAUAUCGUGCCAGGCA